AGCUUCAACAUCCAUGGAAACGGGGACACUCGUACGGCACUGCCUGCGCCUGCGGCUUGCAACGUAAUAGAAAUAACACGAAAACUCAUAGUCAACUGAAGGGGAAACCCAGGUAACUUCGAGAAACAAAGGAGCCUGCUGCAUCUUCUUCAUCGUUUUCCUUUGGCAGAUUCUGAAGACCGAACAUGGCGGGAGGGAAUUUCAUGCACAGAGUUAUAUCUUAUGUCGUCAAUGAGCUUGUCGUUGAUAGACUUGCAAACAGUCAUGCAUUCCAGAGAUUUGCUGUGAGGACAUCAAAGAAGAUAGAGGAUAUCUCCAGUAUCGCUGCGAAGAAGAGGGAAGAACUUGCUGAACAAAUGAAAGAAAUCUCGAAGAACAUGGAGUCUAAAAACUGGUGACGCGGUCGAUGCGGCGUGCAUUUUAUACAGACUCCACUGCCUAUAGUACUACCUGCAUGUAGGUGCUUUUUUCCUCUUUCAAUUGAAACUCUGUAGGAAUAUCCGUCCUCUCGAACAUGCAACAAUGCAUGUAUUACAUCUAUAUUUAGAAGCUGGUGGUAGUAUUAUCUAUAUCGAACUCGUUGAGACUUUGAUCAUGGCAUUUGCGCGUUUUGCUCGUCGCGUUCGGCUUCGAUUCCAAAGAUGAUUGUUCAUCAUUUUUGCCCCUUUAUAAUGCCAGUGUUUUUGAUUUUAUCUCAGUGGUAAUUCAUAAUGUCAGAAAACCUUUCCAAUGGCUCAA